AUCAUUCAUCAUCUUCUUCUUCAUAUCGCCCUUACCCCAUCAUUCACCCAGCUUAAUUGGACAUAAGCGUCCCCUCCCCCGUUCAGCAAUCAGCGCCACUCAAGCCUGGAUACUCCGAGCACUUCACGCCUUCGGCCUUCGGUUUCGUCAACAACCCUUCCGCCUUAUCUGUGGCAGUGCAAUCCUUCAGAUAUAUAAUAGAGGCGAAAAAACACGCGACUUGAGACCCCACCAAGCCUGCCUCGCUCCGCUAUCAGUCUGCAAAUCCAGACUCAGCAAGCGAGCGACAAGUGCGGCCGCCGCAAUCCAGAGAGGCGAAAACAACAAACAUGCUGAAUAUGAGCAGGCGAAACAUGCUACUGGGCGUCUUGGCCACUCUUUGCCUUCUUUCAGUCUCACAGGCUAGAAAGGUCGAUGUGGAGUGCCCAGCAGACCCCUAUCUGAGCCCCUCCACCGACAUUUGCAAUCCUUUGCGAUAUAUACCAAACCGGGCUAUCAACAUAGCAGCAGCGGUCCUGUACUUUGUGGUGGCUGCCGUGUUAACCUUCCAUUCAUUCCGUCGGAAAGCCAAUUACUUCUUGGCUCUGGUCAUAGGAUGUUGGUGUGAAGGUAUAGGAUUGGUUUUGCGAGUAGCCUUCAGGUCGAACCCCCACAGUACUGGUCUCUACAUCGUCUGCUAUCUUUUUGUCGUUCUCUCCCCAUGCGCCUUUUUGGCAGGCGACUACAUCCUCUUGGGUCGUCUAGUAUCUUACCUUGACGCGCAUGAACGACUGCGCCCACUCCGGGCCGCAAAGGUGUCAUGGAUUUUUAUCAUAUCAGAUGUCGUCACUUUCCUCAUUCAAGCCGCUGGUGGCGGUCUGUCCACUGCGAAGGAUAUCGACGUUGCCGAGACGGGCGGACACAUCUUCCUGGCCGGUAUUGCUAUCCAGAUGGCCUCCUUCUUGUUCUUCUCCAUUGCUUGGGUCAUAUUCGGUGUCAGAACUUGGAAAGAAGACAAAGCACUCUGGAACCGUGAAGGGUGGAAGCCUCUCUUCUGGGCUCUGGGCUUUACGUGUAUCUGCUUCCUUAUCCGAAGCAUCUACCGUACCAUUGAGUUGAGUCAAGGAUAUAUCGGCUACAUUGCCGUGCAUGAGAGAUACUAUCUCGGUCUCGACUGUCUUCCCCUGCUUCUGGGAGUAGCCACCUACAUGUACUUCUGGCCUGGAAAGUACUUGACUUUUGAUCCCAAGCCAAAGAAGGUGAAGAAGGAAAAGAAAGGGAAGAAGAGCGAUGUGGAGCAGCAGUUGGAGGAGGAAGUGCCGAUGGGCCAGGUUGGAGAGGGCGCGAUUGAGUCUAGGGGUGUUGAACGGAUAGAUAGGGCUGGGGAGAAGUAUUGAUUCGCAUUUUAGGUUUCCUGAUCUUGUUUAUCUCCUUUGCCGUAUAGUGCUCGUCUCUAUACAUAUAGUAUCGUCUCUCUAUGCACUCAAUAUGCACUGCA